AUGAAUCAACCACAUCUUGGCAUUGAUUUAGGAACUACGUAUUGCUGUAUUUUUGCAUUUGAUGAGAAAAAGAACAUAAAGUUUUCGAUUAGAGAUGGUGAUUCCGAGCAAAUUCCUUCAUUUGUUUCAUUUGCAAAUGAGGAAAGAAUUGUUGGUAGAAAAGCCAUGGCACAAAUGAUAACCAAUCCAACAAACACCAUUUACGACUCAAAAAGAAUGAUUGGAAGAAAUUUUGACAAUCAAAUUUUCCAAGAAGAUAGAAAGAAUUGGAUGUUUACUACUACAAGAGGUAUGGAAGGAUCCAUUAAUAUCAAUGCUACUAUCAAUAAUCAGACAAUCACCCUUCUUCCCGAAGAAAUUUCCGGAUACAUUCUAAAACACUUAAAAGAUACUGCAGAAUUAGUAAUAGGAAACUGUACCGAUGUAGUCAUUACUAUACCAGCUGCUUUCAAUGAAAGACAACGCGAAAAAACAAUUUUUGCUGCACAAGAAAUUGCCGGAUUCAGAAGCGUCAUUUUACUUGAUGAACCAUCAUCAGCCGCACUUGAGUAUGCACAAGGACUUCCAUCAAAUGCAGAUGAAUUAGUUUUGAUCUUUGAUUUCGGAGGUGGAACUUUAGAUAUCUCAAUCGUUGAAAUAUUCAACAAUCAAUGUAAAGUUAUUGCAACAAAUGGAGAUCCGCACUUCGGAGGCCAAGAUAUCGAUCAACUUCUUGUUAAUAGAUUCAGAUAUGAUUUUGAAACUAAAAAUGGCAUAAAAAUUGAUCAAACAACAAAAGAAGGCCAAAAAGCAAUAUUACUUCUUAAAUUGUGCUGCGAAAAUCUCAAAAAAGAAUUAAAUUAUAUAAUUAAAGCUGAAUUUACGAUAAAAAGCUUCUACAACAACAUAGAUCUCUAUUGCAGUAUGAACAGAAGAGAAUUCAGGACACUUUGCAGUGAUUUGUUUAAACGAGCUGAAAAUUUGGUUAAACAGAGUUUGGAGAAAGCAAAAUUAAGACCAGAGAAUAUUUCACAGGUUAUUAUGAUCGGUGGAUCAUCUCAAAUACCAGAAAUCCAGCAAAUCCUCCAGGAUAUUUUUGAUAAAGAACCACUUCACUCAAUUAACGCUUUGGAAGCUGUUGCAAGAGGUGCUUGCAUACAAUGUUACAAUCUCCAUAAAACGAACGGAUUUGAAAAGGAAAUUACUCCAAAUAAAGAAGAAGUAGAAGAAACUAAACCAAAGAAGCCAAGUGACAACAAAGAAGGUGGCAAAGAAAAGGAACCAAAGAACACAAGUCAUGAAAUUGAAGAAGUAGAAGAAACUAAACCAAAGAAGCCAAGUGACAACAAAGAAGGUGGCAAAGAAAAGGAACCAAAGAACACAAGUCAUGAAAUUGAAGAAGUAGAAGAAACUAAACCAAAGAAGCCAAGUGACAACAAAGAAGGUGGAAAAUAUAAGCCACAGAACGCAAUACCUGUAGAAAGAAUAGGCUUCCAAAUAAAAUUGGUUGAAACUGUUAGUUUGUCUUUCGGAAUUAGAACAAUAGAUGACGGUUUCUCAGUUGUUAUCAAAAGUGGAUCAGUAAUUCCAGCGAAAUUCUCCCAAUUAUACGAAACAACUGUUGAUGACCAAGAUACAGUAGAUGCAUGCAUUUUCCAGGGAGAAAGCCCUGUUGCAUCACAGAAUAGCUAUAUAGGAACAUAUAGAAUCACUGGAAUUCCAAAGAAAAAAGCCGGAGAAGUGAUGAUCAAAAUUAUUCUUUCUCUUGAUCGAAGUGGUGUCUUCUCUCUCACUCCUUUGUUUGAUGAUAAGGAAUUACCAUAUACAUUCGUUAAAGAACUUUGUAUUUCUGACUCAGAAAUGAAGAAUGUCAAAGAUAAUCUUAAUCUGUUUAGAAAUCAAGAUACAAUAACAGAGUUUUAUAAAUUGGCUGCACAGCUCACAAGAAUUGAAUCAGUUAUCAAAAGAAUUUGCAGAAAAGAAAAAAAUUCUAACGAAAAACACGUAAACUUGAAGGAGAGAAUAUUUGAUCUAGUUACUGACACUCAAGGAGGUAAUCUACAAUUAAUGGACUACAUCAGGUUGACAAAAGAAAUUCUACAAAUUCUUGAAGAAUUCAAUACUGAAUUCCCUAAUGAGAGGCAGUAA